AUGCAGAUGCAGCAGCAGAUGCAGCAGCAGAUGCAGCAGCAGCAGAAGAAGAAGAAGCAGCAGCAACAGCAGCAACAGCAUCAGCAGCAGCACUACCACCACCGCCACCACCAGCAUCAGCAGCACCACCAUCAGCAGCACCAGCAACAGCAACAGCAACAACAGCAGCAGCAGCAACAGCAGCAGCAGCAGCAGCAGCAGCAGCAGCAGCAGAAAGCUUACGGCAGCAGCAGCAACAGCAGCAACAGAAGCAGCAACUACAGCAGCACGGAGCAGCAGCAGCAGCAGAAAACAGGAGCAGCAGCGACAAACAGCAGCAGCAGCAGCAGCAAAAACAGCAGCAGCAGCAGCAGCAGCACCAGCAUCGGCAGCCGUAACCAGCAGCAGCAGCAGCAACAGCAGCAGCUGCUGCAGCAGCAACAACAGCAACACAUAGCAGCAGCAGCAGUAAUCAGCAGCAGCAGCAGCAACAACAGCAGCAGCAGCAGGAACAACAAAAGCAACAACGACAGGUCGCAGCAGCAGCAGUAA